CCUUCAGUAUUAAAUGGCUGAGAAAGACAUAAUAUCUCGUUUUGGUCAUCUCCUGAAGCCGAUACGUGACCUUGCAAAGAACUGGGACGUUGAUGUAGCCUCAGAACUUGAAGAAUAUUUAUUAGAACUUGAAGAAAUCACUAUUGCAUUUGAAGGAGGAAAGGCUAAUUUGAAUUUUGCUGAAGCAGCUCUUGUUAUUCAAGGCUCAGCUUGUGUGUACAGCCGUAAGGUUGAGUAUCUUCAUGCUCUUGUUUAUCAAACACUUGAACUUAUUGUCAAUAAAAAAAGGACUGAAGUAGAGGAGCAAGAAGGAGAACAAGACAUAACCAAAUCUAAUGAAGACCAGUUUCCAUUGCUUGAUGAUAUUUUAGAAGCAAGAAACAUUGAUAUGAUAGAGAAACCAUUCGUGCCUGAUAUCAAUGCUUCUAUAAUACAGCGUACUCCAAUGUCACUGCUACCACUUCAUAAUUCUGAAAAAUUACUUGACGUUCCUUUAUUCAACAACAAAGGGGAGUUGGUUGGGAGUAGAACCGAUUUUAAACUCAAUACCAGUUAUAUCAGUGAUAACGGUGCUCUACUUUUAGAGCCAAUCAAGUUCACCACUUUCCAUGGAAAUUGCAGCUUACCAUUAGACAGUAUGCAUUUAUUAGAUAAUUGGGCGGAGCCUGGAGGUGUGGCCAGUGAUGAUGCUGUAAUGGAUCUAAGUUUUCAUGACAACACAAUCUUGGAUGCUCCACCCACAGACACUAUAAAUAAAGAUGUUUCUCCUCCAAUUUCACGUCGACGGAAGUCCAGUGACAAAUCCCAGAGGAAAGGGAAGCAGUUUGGGAAACUGAAACUGCUAGACCCUCACAAACCAUCAAAAAAGGACAAACCUUUUAAGAAAGGUUCUACUGUAUUACCCUCUAAAGAUAAGGCUGGCAGUAGAAAGAGAAAAGACAGCGACUCUUUGCUCUCUCCUUCUCAGCCUCUCUCUGAGUUUCUCUUUCAGUCAAUUUAUUCAAAUUCGUCUCAGUUUCCAUCCAAUACACUAGAGCGUCCUAGCAGUGCUGAGUUUGAGGAGCAAUACUGGAGUGAGACUAAGAGAAGGAAGUCUGCUAAGAAGAGAAUUGAAGAUAAGGUGAGGGGUACUUUAGCUAGCCAAGGGGAGGAAGAGGAGGAGGAGGAUCAUUCUGAAGGAGAUGAAAGAGAUAAUGAUGACAUUAGUGUACUUGCUGCAUUACCAGUAGAAACUGCAGAUCAACCUAUUGCAGAAUUACCUGAUCAUGAUAUUAAUGAACUGGUGGAUCAUUUAGAUGAUUCAAUUCCUGAGCCUGCUGCUGUAGGAGACCCCGCUCACCUUCCUUCGGUUAUGAAAAGUUAUGAAGAUUUACUGAGAGCUCAUAUUAAUCACUUAUCAUCAGCUGUUGCCAGUAAUGCUUCUGAUACUGAACUAUCUAAACGAGUUAACGAGUGGGAAGAGAAGAUUAAACCUCGCCUAAAUGAGAUUGAAAAGCACAGAGUAUUUGAUAUUCGCUAUUAUAGCAACAGGAUACUGUCCUCCCUCCAGGAGAAUUCAAGAGAUUGUGAUGGAGCAGAAGCAACAGCUGCUCUUCUUCCUUUUGAGAAGAUGAUUGAAGAGAGAAGUCAAUCUGAUAUUUGCCGCACCUUCUCAGCUUUGUUACACUUAGCCAAUGACGGUAAAAUUGAUAUCGGCAACCAUGCAAAUGAUGAUGGUGUAGCUGAUCUUGAUAAUGUUGAUCUCAGACUCCUCUCAGAGAAUGUCCCUUUAUCUUGAAAUCAAAAAUGAUUACUAGCUCUAAUAAUUCAUCAUCACCACUUGACUUUAAAUUGUUGAACAAUUUUUUAUCACUUAUUUAAUCAAAA